AUGUUUGUCCAAGUAUCGGAGACAAACGACGGCGACAAGGAGGUAGUGGACUUGCCGUUGGAAAAAGACAAUACCCUGUUGCUGUCCACUCUGAACGCCCAGUAUCCGGACGCUUGCGGUUUGAAAUACGUUGCGCCGGAAAACGGUCGUACGCGAGCAUUGCGGCUCGCCGAAAACAAACUGCAUCCGCCCAACGACGAUGGGUGGGGCGAAAUAGUGUACUUUUGUGCGUUCAACAAGGGUAAACUUUUGUUUUACAUCGUUAUAAUAUUACCAGUCUUAACUACAUUUGUACAUUUUACUGUCGAUCGUUUAAAUUUCACUCAAUAGGACGUGUGUAAUGCAUUUUCAUGCGUGGGUGCCUUAUACCUAAUGAAAAAGAUUUCAGUCAAUCGCUAUCGUCUGAGGAACGGAGCCCCACUAACGGACUGUAACACCAUAGUAUCACAAUCAUCAUUGUGAAAGUUUAUGUCGCCUAAACGUUUCUAACUUGUACCUACCUACCCCUGUUACCGUUACAAACUCAACCUUUGACAAUAGCUAAUAUUCAUUAUCACUAUAAUACCCGUGGCCGUUCGUUAAGCGUUUGACCUACCGGGUGUACCGUGAUGUAAUGUAAUUUUUUGGCAAGUGUUUGUCUGUUGUAUGUUCAAAUUCAUUUUUGAAUAUAUUUGUAUUAAUGAUGUAACACUUAAUAUUGUUUUAUAAUUGUUUCGUUUGAUAUCACUCGGGUAUGUUUUUUUACUGCUCAAUAACUAAUUAUUGUUCAUAGGUAUAUAUUUUGAAAGAUAAUUUGUAAUAAAUUUAAUAAUAAUGAUAUAAUAAUUACAUUUUUUCCCCAAUAGGUCACACGCUAAACAAAUGCCAUUAUAAUUUUAUACCUAACGUAAUACAUUUUUAUAUUUUCUACAGACUCAUAGAUUAUGUAUUGUUACUUUUUAGUAUUUAAUGCAAGUAAAGAUACAUAUUUUAAUACGUAACUGUGAGUCAAGUCAGAAUAUUAUAAUACGGUACCUAACUAUUAACCUGUGAUUAUAUUAAACAUUUAUGUGAACUGCCAAUUAUCUGUUAUCUAUCUACACAGGACGAUCAAUCUAUCGCAAGACACUAAUUAUCUCGCAAGUUAUUGAUUUUUUUCUGAAUUUGUUUUAUAAAGCAUAUAAGAAACAAGUAGCUCUACAAUUUUACAUAUAUAUGUUUUUAUUUUUUCACCUUUAUUUUGAGGGGUAAAACCACUACUUGCUAUUAAUUUUCAAAUGGCAACACAUAUUAUAAAGUCCAUAAAUAGAUGAGAUGUAUCAAUUAAAAUUAAUUACGGUUUUGAGAUUUUUGAUUUCCGUUGAUCCGUUGACAAGAUAUUCCACUUUUAAGGUUGAGUUGGGAGUGAAUAAUAACGCAUUAUUAAAACACCACGGGCCGUGCCGCCACAUAAAUGAUGCUCCACUUUUCUCCUCUGACUCAAACUUAAAAGUAGAAUACCUUGUCAACGAAUUAACGGAAAUAAAAAAAUCUCAAAACUAUAAUUUAUUUUAAUUAAUACCCCAUCUAUACAUGGAAUUUUUAAUAUAUGUUUCCAUUUAAAAAGUAAAAGUAAGUAGUGGUUUUACCCCUAAAAAUAAGGGUAAAAAAAAUAACAUAAAUGUAAAAUUGUAAAACUGCUUGUUUCUUAAAAUAUGUUCUUAGUAACAAAUUCCGUAAAAAGUUAUUACUUUUCGGGAUAAUGCGUGUCUUAUGAUAAAUUGAUCACUGUAUAAAUAUAUUUCAUAAACAAGUUUGAUGUGUUUAAUAGAUUAAUGUGAUAUAUUAUGAUUAUAUAUUUGUACUAUUUUAUAAUGUUGAGGAUUGAUAAAGUUAAAUGGCAAAUGAUAUGUGUGUCCAGAUAAUGGACAGAAAAGGAAAUUGAACGAAGAAUUUGAAAGUGAUGUUGAGCGAGCAACCAAGGAACCCAAGUCUGAGGCAACAUCAACUGCGUGGAAGAAUCGUGAUUUACUUGUGCUCGGGUUACCAUGGAAAACAACUGAUGAGGAUUUAGAAAGUUACUUUAGUAAAUACGGUGAACUGCGCAUGGCACAAGUUAGUUGAUAAAAAUUCAAAACAGAAAGUGUUUGUAAAUUAGGACAUGUAUGAAUGUGAUAUAAAGUUUGUUCUUUAUAUUUGGAUUAUGAAAAUAUUAUUUUAGAGUUUUACAAGACUUUUACAUUUUAGCCCUUCAUUUAAUGUCUACCUAACUCAAUUAAACACUUUUGAAUCAAAUGGUUUUAUUUUAUUUUAAUGGAAAAGUCUGAUUUUCAAAAUUCCAGAUUAAAAAAACAAGUGAUGGUAGAUCAAGAGGUUUUGGAUUCAUACGGUUCAAGGAACAAGAAUCUCAAGUGCGAUCAAUGUUAGAUUCUCAUGUGAUAAAUGGAAGGCGGUGUGAAAUUAAGAUACCCAAUAUCAAGGUAUUGAUUUUACAAACUUUUAUAAAUAUUAGAUGUUUAAUAUGUUGUAAAUUAAUAAUGAAAUUUAAAAAUCCAUAAACUAUAAGCAUAUCUAUAAUUAUAUGCUUACAUAAUAAUUAGUAGUUUUAUAUUUAAUACUUACACAUUUUAUUAUAUUGUCUAUCUCUAAGGAUAAAAUUCUUGAUUUGAUAGGUGAUCUAUAUAAUGAAAAAAAAAAAGAAAAUUAAAUAAUUAUAGUAGUAAUAAUAUUAAAAAAUGAUAUUAUGAUUUAGUUAAUCAAAUAAUUAUUUAAUAUAUAAUUUUAUGUAAUUUAAAUUCAAUAUUUUUAGUAUUUAGUUAAAUAUUGAUAUUAUGGAAUAAUUUAUCUGAAUGAUUGCUAUUUGAAAUUGUCUAAUGUUUAUAGUAUUUUAUUUAAUUAUGUGUGGAUAAAAUUGUUUUGUUUUCUUAAACACAAAACACAAAAUUUAUUAUAAGUUGUCUUUCUGGUACUUAAAGAAUAUUUAUAAUCUGUAGUCACAUUUGAUGACAAUUUAAGAAACCAUAUACUAUUUUUUUGAUUUACAUUAAUAAAACAUUUUUUGCUCGAGAAUAGUAGAAAAGAUAUUUAAACAAACUUGGGUCAAAGUCUUUCGUUUACAAUGAAUUAUUAUUGUAUGGAACUAUUCUACCUUCCCAACAUUCCACUUAACAAAGUGGCACGGGAUACGAAGUAUCUAUAUUUUUUUUUUUUUUUUUGUCAAAUUUAGAAAACUAUCUCUUGCCUUGAAAAAUAAUUAAUCUUAAUACCUACAUACUGUUUUAAUUCUAAAUUUUAAAUAAUUGCUAUUUGUUAAAAAUGCUAAAUAAUUUAGUAAAUAGAAAAAUAUUCCAAAUUAAUUUAUAAAAUAAUCAACAAUAUUUAUAUUAUAUUAUUUUUUUCUUCAAAUUAAAAUUUCAAUUUUGAAAUAUUUAAAUAUAUCUAUCUUUUUUUUAGGAUGCAUUUAUAAAUGAAGCGCCAAAAAAAAUAUUUGUUGGUCAACUGAUUGAAAGUAUAACUCAAGAUGAUCUCGAAGAAUAUUUUAAGAAAUUUGGAGAUAUUGUAGAAGUGUUUGUUCCUCGGCCUUUUAAAGGAAUUGCCUUUGUAUCAUUUACCAAAUCCGAGGCAGCUCUAGCCGCCCUUGAUCAAGAUCAUACUAUUAAAGAUAUUCGUCUUAGUGUAUCUGUUGCUAUGCCUAAAGACAAAGAUCAAAGGUCACGUGGUAACCGUAAUAGUGGUGGUGGCGGUGGUGGAAGUUCCUAUAGUAGUCGUACGAGAGGAAGUCGAGAUUCGUACAAUAAUCGUGAUCAGCAUUAUGACAAUGGAGGUUGGGAUGAUUAUGAUCGUGGCAGUUAUUCAGACCGCAACAGCUAUUCAGAUCGUAACAGCUAUUCAGAUCGCGGUGGCUAUUCAGAUCGUUACAGAAACAAUCGCUAUGAUAGAAAACCAUUUGAUAGUGGCAGAUCUUACAACUCUGGACAAGUUUGGAGAAAAAAUGAUUAUUCUGAUUCGCAGUCUGUAUCCCAGUCCAAAGAUAAUAAUGGUCAGUUUGAUCCGAAUUUAGUUGCUGCUGUAGUUGAAAAGACAGUAAGAGGAGUAAUUGGAAAUAUGAGUAAAUAUGAUUGA